ACUACGAGAGUUGAGAAGACAACCAUUCUUUAGCCAUGUGUGCUCGUAUAUUAUAGAAAGACACUUUAUUCAUUGGCACCUGUAAUCGUAUAACGUUUCAUAUAGUAAGUACGAAUGGUUUGAACUUGAAACAUGUAGACUUUCAAAAUUAACUUAAUCAAUUCUCAAAAUAUCUGUUGUAAAAACGUUUGGCACAGUAUCAGCUCUUCAGGUGAUCGUUGUUACAUUUUUGGCAAAGAAAAAAUGCAGAAAUUUCGAACAACCUUCUCCACCUACGUCUUUCUUUACUGUUUGAAGAUCUCAAGACAAGAAGUUCUAGAAUUUGAUAACAUACUUCCGAAGAAUCCACGAGACUACGACAGUCUACAGCCACCUAAGGAAAACGGCGAGCCUACGGUCGUACGUUUUCACGUUUGGGUAUUAAAUUUAGAUUCUAUCGACGAAGGCUCUAUGACCUACGUAGCAGAUAUUUUUAUGUCCCAAAGUUGGAAGGACUACCGGCUGAAACUCCCUGAAAACAUGACAACAUAUUACCGUCUUCUGCCUGUAAGUUGGUUAAAGCAAAUGUGGAGACCAGACUCGUUCUUCAAGAACGCCAAAAAGGUCACUUUCCAAGAAAUGACCAUCCCCAAUCAUUACAUCUGGUUAUAUAGUGAUAAAACUAUUCUGUAUAUGGUGAAACUCACUCUUCUUUUAUCUUGUGCUAUGACUUUUGAAACGUAUCCUCAUGACACCCAGACUUGUGCUAUGAAGAUUGAAAGUUUAUCAUACACUACCGAUGACCUAGUGUUUGAUUGGGAACCAGAAACUCCACUAGUCGUUGAAGAUUUAAUUGAAUUACCGCAACAUAUUCUAAUUGACAAGCGACUAGAGGACUGUACCCAAGUUUAUUCUACAGGAAACUUCACUUGCAUUCAAGUCAUUUUCAAAUUGAAACGACGCCUGGGUUAUUACAUGUUCCACACGUAUAUCCCCACGUGCUUGAUCGUCAUCAUGUCUUGGAUCUCUUUUUGGAUCAGACCAGAGGCUGUUCCUGCACGUGUGACUCUCUGCGUUACCAGCCUUUUGACUUUGUCUACCCAGCAUGCACAGUCGCAGAAGUCACUUCCACCUGUUUCUUACAUCAAAGCCAUAGACAUAUUCAUGUCUUCAUGCACUGUAUUUGUAUUUGCAUCUUUGAUGGAAUAUGCGCUAGUGAGUAUUUUACUAGGAGAAUAUGAUGACCAAACAAGUAAAAAGGGACAGAAAAGUGUGGUUUUACCAGUGGGAGGAGCAGAAGAUGGACAAGUGCCUAAAGAGCAUAGGCUCAAAACCCUUGCUUCAUCUGCACAAAGAAGAAAACAAAAAGCAAACCUGAUUGACAAAAUAUCACGUGUGGCAUUUCCCUUAUCGUUUAUUUUACUGAAUGCAGUCUACUGGUGUGUCUUUUUAUUUAUGGAUCCAGAUUAGUAUAUGAAAACUCCCGCCAAUUCUCACGUGAUACAAUCCUCACAUGGUUAAAAUAAAAUCGUGACUGCAAACUGAUUGGUCGAUCAUGAGUUGAAAGAGAUAAAGCAAAAGCAUCUGAAAU